AUGGCAUCCAAGGGCCUCGGCAACGUCGUCGAGCUCCAGCGCCCCUGGCAGGGCGUCGGCCCCUUCAUCUUUGGCUCGCACCAUGUCGAUGCCUACCCCGCUGCCGCGAAGGGCACCCUCGGCCCGCCCGCUGCGGACCUGAAGGGCCGCAACAUUGGCAUGGACAUGCGCAACGCCUCCGGCACCGGAUGGAACAUGUACCACGGCGAGAAGAUCCCCGGCUUCCCGGCUCACCCCCACACCGGUUUCGAGACUGUCUCUAUUGUAGGAUCUGGUACCGUCGACCACGCCGACUCGCUCGGCGCCGGUGCGCGCUACGGCAAGGGCGACGUGCAGUGGGUCACGACUGGCCGCGGCGUCGUGCACUCCGAGAUGUUCCCGCUGCUGAGGGACGACGCCCCGAACCCGUUCGAGAUGUACCAGCUGUGGCUGAACCUGCCUGCUGCGAAGAAGAAGGUCCCCGCCGAGUUCACGAUGCAGUGGGACGAGAAGAUCCCCAUCGUGCGCCGCGAGACGGGCCAGGGCUGUGCCUCUGUGCGCGUCAUUGCGGGCUCGUUUGACGGCGUCGACCCGCUCCCGCCCCCCAAGAACUCGUACGCGGCCGACAAGGAGGGCGACGUCGCGAUCUGGCUCAUCGAGAUGGAGCCCCGGUCGGCGAUCAAGCUCCCGGCCAUGAACACGGACAAGACGGAGCGCAUGCUCUACGUGCACAAGGGCGGCGCGGCGUCCAUCGACGGCCAGACUGUCACCGACGGCAACGGCUUCAAGCAGACCAAGAACGACCGCCUCACCAUCACCAACGGCCCCAAGCACACCACCAUUCUCGUCCUCCAGGGCGUCCCCAUCAACGAGCCCUACGUCCAGCGCGGCCCUUUCGUCACCAACUCGGAGCAGGAGCUCAACCAGGCUUUCGCCGAGUACCAGCGCACGCAGUUCGGUGGAUGGCCUUGGGACUCGGACCAGCCCGUGUAUCCCCGCGACGAGCCCCGCUUCGCCAUCCACGGCAAGGGCCAGCAGAAGGAGUACCCCACCGACAAGUGA